AUGGAUUCCCUAUUGGAGCAGCAGAGGAGAGCUCAUGAAGAGAUUGAUCGAUUAGAGAAUCUGGGAAUGCUAGAAUUAUUAGCCAAACCAAAAACUCAAAAGGAACGAGUUAUUCAAGAGAGACGGGUAUCCGACUACAUUGAUAGAAUUGCUGACAAGAGCCAGUUUCUACACCGCGUGUAUCAAGAUGCUGACGAGUCGAGAAAGAAUGAGAUCUCUGCCAUAUCCGGAGCCACGGAAUUCACAGAGUUCUACCAAAGACUGAAAUCUAUCAAGGAAUAUCAUCGACGAUAUCCAAACGAAGGGUUUGAACCUUUCGAGAUGGAAUUUGCUAAUAGGGAUGUCAUUAAAGAAGAACAAGGCAUGUUGGUCGAUGCAUCGUUUACAGGAGAAGAAGCGCUCGGCAAAUAUCUAGAUUUACACAUCUUGUUUGAACAAUAUUUGAAUCUGAAGGGCGUCAAGGGUGAAAAAAUGACUUAUUUGGGAUAUUUGAAUGAUUUCGACAAGUUUGAAGUAUCAAAGGAAACUAGGGCGUCGUCUGAUUACUUCAAGUAUGUAACAGAUGUGAGAGCAUACUUGGAAGGUUUUUUGAAGAGAAGUCAACCCUUAUUUGAUGCAAGUGCUAUACAAACCAAGGCUUCGAAUGAGUUUUAUCCGAAAUGGGAGGCUGGAGAGAUACAAGGAUGGGAUUCUGCACAGGCCACUGAAGAUGACGACUCACUAUAUUGUGUUCCAUGUGCCAAACAAUUCGCAAAAAGAACAGUAUACGACGCCCAUCUAACGGGCAAAAAGCACAUCAAAGCCGCCGAAAACCUAAUAAAACAGGGCAUCAGCACAGUCUCUGCCGAAACCCGCACCCAAAGUAGAUUCGAAUCCCAACUAGCAUCACGACAACGAGAUCGUCCCAUCGCAUAUUCCGAAUUCCUCAUAAAAGCAUACAUGGAAGAAGUCCUAUCACAAAUACGAGAAGAAACCCGUGGAUUUGUAGAACGUAAACAAACUCUCACUGAACGGGAACGACAUGUUGAGAAUAUGGAAGAAGUUGAAUUGAAUGAAGAUGAAGCAAUGGAAGACGAUGAAGAAAAGAUUUACAAUCCGUUGAAACUGCCGUUAGGAUGGGAUGGUAAACCGAUUCCUUAUUGGUUGUACAAGUUGCAUGGAUUGGGAGUUGAGUAUCCUUGUGAGAUUUGCGGGAAUUAUGUUUAUAUGGGAAGGAAGGCCUUUGAGAGACACUUUCAGGAAGCACGGCAUGCUCAUGGGAUGAGGAGUUUGGGAAUACCAAAUUCAAGGCAAUUCCAUGAAAUCACUGCUAUUGAGGACGCUGUUACCCUAUGGGACAAGAUUCGAAAUCAGACCAAAAAGGAAGAGCUCAAGAAUGAUGGUACCGAAGAAUUCGAAGACUCAUCUGGAAAUGUCUUUAGUAAAAAGGUGUAUGAUGAUUUGAAACGACAAGGGUUGUUGUAA